CGAAAAUUUUAAAUAGUUAAAAGAUUGCCAAAUGGAUCAUCAUGCACGUAAGUGAAAUCUUUUAGAUGUAAAAAUUUACUGAUAUGACUGAUAUAAAUCAAGAAAACAUUUAUUUAUUUUUUUAUUAUCAUCAAGUCAUGUAAUUAUAAAACAAGCAAUUCUGUUCAGCAUAAAAUGGAAUUGGAAAAAGGAAAGAGCAAGCUUUUUAAUGGAAAAUAAAAAAAAUAGUGACGAUGAACUGUAUUAUCGACUGAACGAAGGGGUAUGCAUACGAACGCGUGUAUGUGUGUUGUAUUAAGAGGUAAUUUACAAAUGUCACAAUCACGCAGAAAAAUAGUGCAGAGUUUACCGUGAAAAUCAGCGCAAAACAUGGAUUAUAGUUCCAAUGCGCUUUGUGAGAGGAUUAUCAGCGAGAUUGAAGUGGUUUUUGCCAGAGAUCCCAACCUGGCCACCUUUGAGGUCAUACCGAUGCCUUCAAAUCAAAACAAGUCCCCAGUCAUCCACGUGGACCAUAAUUUUGGCCUCGAGUCAUGGUGUGUGAAGCACAUCUAUGAUUACUGCCAUCGAGUAAUACUUGAGUCCAGGAGUUCGAGGCAUCCAAGCAUUGCUUCUGUGAAGUACCUGAAUGUAGCUAUCCUGAUCAAUCCUGAUGUUGCUAUGUUCUGGAAUAUGCGUCGCCAUUUAGUGCGCCAGUGCAAAUUGAAGACGGACCGAGAAUUUCACUUUUCUGCCCUCGUUCUCUCCAAGAAACCUAAGUCCAGCGAAGCCUUUGCGUACCGGAGGUGGCUGUAUUCGUUUGAGAGUAGAGAAUCGAUAGAUUUGGCGUUUGAGAUUAGCCUCUGUGAGCGCUGUGCGGAUCGAAACUCGAGCAACUACCAUGCUUGGAGCCAUCGACUUUGGGUUUUGGAUCAGGAGCCGCGUUUCCUGCACUUUGAGAUUUAUCUCACAGAGAAGUUCAUCCGGCGUCAUAUCAGUGACUACAGUGCCUUCCACCAUCGUGUGGUGGUGCUGCGAAAGCUACUGCAAGUAGGUGAGAUAGAGAGCGAGGAGAACAGCGACUACUCGUCCCUCUGUGACCUGAUCGACUGUCUUCUGGGACCAGGAGUGGCUGUAGGCAAAACACCUAGCGAAUUGCUUGUUGUAUUGAUUCCCAAUGCUCCAGCUACAACAAGUCUUACCUGGAGUGACAAUAAGCAGUUCAAGUCCCUUCUGCAUUGCCUCAAUCUGGCGGCAUACGAUUUGCAACUAACGGAAGAGUUGCGCGAGACAUUUGGGGAGCGAGAGGGUUUUGAGUUGCAUCGGAGGGCCAUUGUGCAGUUCAUGGUGGAGUCUUGCAGGCUGUUUGAUGGUUGUUUUGCUGGGGACCCAGAGGGAGUCAAUAGUAGCAUUAACAAUUGCCAUUUGCCACCAGCCACAAAAACUUCUCGACGUGAAAAUCAGUUCCUGGACACCCUUCGGCUGAGGGAGGCUCAACGAAGUGAAGCCACUCGGAAGUGGUGUCAACUUUUCUUAGACUUGCCCUGUGAUGGUUGAAAGAUGCGCGAAUGACUAGGCACUUGAAAAAAUUUAAAGGUAGGCAAUUUCUUCAUUUCAUUCUCUUCUAUAGGAAAAAAUCUUCUGUUUUUUUAAGUACAAAAAUAAUGUCUCGAACACUUGCAAUAAUAUUUCAAUAGAUUUUGCGUACUUUGCAUUGUGAAAGAUUAAUACUGAACAUUUUAUGACUACAUUAAACAAAUGACAACAAUACUCAAAGCUCGUUAAUGCAGAAUUUUAUAACUUAAAGACAAAUAUUUACAAUAUAUAGAAAAAUACAGAAUAUGUUACCAUUUUUUUUAAGUAAAAGAAACGCAAAAUAUCUCAAGAAUCAACAGAGGUGUCUCAAUAUUGACUUGGAAGUUUUUACAGAGCUUUCUGAUAAUCAAAGAUAGUUCACUAUUAUAUUCUUUUUCCUAAUUUAAUUGUUCAAUAAAGUGUUGCAGGGAAGAUAUUUUUAGAUCCAAUUUUUGCGACAAUUAACUUAGGAAAAUAUAAAUUGAAAAAUAUUUAAUUCAAAAGACAAUGGAAAAAUCUUUAAAUUUGCAUCUAGUCUAGAUUAUUAUUAAAUAAAAGCAACAUCAAAAGAGAUGGUCAGUUUAUUCGAUAGAAUAAAUUUCGAAGUGGUUUUGACAAGAAAGUAAAUGAGAAGUUUGAAUUAGUAUAAGAUACAUUUCAGUGAGCAAAUUAAGCUUAAGAUUAUAGAAAAAUUCCUUUUGUAAUGAUACAAGAACUAAUCAACAGUAUUCUAAAUUGAAAUGUACGUUAUACAAUAGAAAUGUCUGGAGUAAAUUUAUAAAAUCUCUAAGGCAAGUUUAUAAACAACAAAAAAAAAUAAAUAAAAUUGCUGAAUUGAAUUUUUCACCUCUGAAGAUUCAUCUCGUUUUUCAACUUCUAUGAAUACAAGUUAAUUAAAAUAUCCGCAAUAUCUCAGCAGAUGCAUUUAAAACGUCGUCUUAAGCUUACGCAUAUACUUUUGCAUCUUGGACAAAACAAAUUAAAAAAAAGGUAAAAAUGCAAAUCAAAUGAAAAUACAAUAUUUGUGCCAAAAAAAAAGAAGCAACACAUAGUUAAAGGUGUUAAUUUAUCAGUAAAUUGAGUGAUGAAUUAAUGAUAGUAAUAUUGAUGAGUUGAGAUGGAUGUGUGAGAGAAAGAAUAAAAGUUAAUUAUGUUAAUUUAA